UGUGUCCUUCUUGCAGGAUUUGGUAUGACCUCUCCAUCCACGACAUUGGGCAAGGUAUCCCUGAUCAUCUACGGACUACCCGGUUGCGCUGCCUGCAUUCUGUUCUAUAACUUGUUCCUGGAGCGCCUGAUCACCUUCCUCGCCUUCAUCAUGAAAAAGUGUCACGAACGACAGGUCCGACGGGAGAAGAACGCGAAUGGACUGCCGAACCUCGCUAGGAGGCCCUCCCAACAGUCGGAUGACAAUUUGGACAACUGGAAGCCCUCCGUCUACUAUGUGCUGUUGUACCUGUGCGUUGCCUCCACUAUUAUCGCCUGCGUGGCCUCUGCUAUGUACUCCCCCAUCGAGGGCUGGGACUAUGGGGACAGCAUAUACUUCUGUUUUGUGGCUUUCAGUACGAUCGGCUUUGGCGACCUCGUCACGAGCCAGAAAAACAUGUACAACCAGCAGUUCCUGUACCGGUUCGGGAAUUUCGUAUUCCUGACAGCCGGUGUGUGUUGUAUAUACUCACUGUAUAACGUGGUAUCCAUCGUUAUCAAACAGCUCCUGAACUGGAUCCUCAAGAAACUGGAGUGCCGCUGCUGCCACCGGAGGAAACCUAGACCGCGGCGCAACGCCAUCACGCCUGGCCACUUGCAACGACAGGUGAACUCGGCCAACAAACAGCAGCAGCAGCAGCAACAGCAGCAAAACAACCAAGCCAAUGGCGUGGACAUCACCGACGUGGACAGCAACUACGACAGCGAGACGGACGGACGACGAAUGUCCGGGGAGAUGAUUAGCAUGAAGGACUUCUUGGCAGCCAACAAGGUCUCGCUGGCUGUCAUGCAGAAGCAGCUUUACGAGACCUCGCAGCACAGGAAACACCAUCCGAACAGCAACGGUGCUUUCGGCCAGGGCGUUGGAGGUCUAGCCAUGCUAAAUAAUAAAUUACAAGAAACGGAACGGAGAGACUGACACACGGGCAACCAUAGGUUCCUUUAGCUGCUGCUUCUUUUGCGGACAUCGCCUCAUAUUACAAGACGAGAUUAUUUCCGUACGGUACUCAAAGGCAGAACGAUUUCUGGCACAACAUUUUGAUCAAAAGGCGUGUGUGCACAUCAAACAUAUUUUCAUAUCGCCAGUCUUGACAUCAAACCGGCUUCUAUAUAUGUAACGGAACAAAAGGACGAACUGGAGCAAUACCGUACAAAAGUUAGACCGUUGAGAGCCGAAACUCGAGAAUCAAAUUUCCGACACGACUGUGGACGCACUUUCCCUUCUGGAUCGCCGCACCGGAACAUAUCCGACAUGAGAGAAUUAGGAAUCCUUCAGCAACGCCUUACCACUGAGGAGAGAAGGAAAGAAGGUUUUCCGACCGCAAAAACAAAUGACACGACGAAAACAGACGUCCGGUUGGCAUACUAUCCAUAUGGAUAUAGCACAAACCUAAAGAAAAUGUCGCCUUCUGUACAAGUAUCGCCUUUAAAGUCAGGUUACGAUUAGAUGUCGACAGCUGUGGUUUCUCUUGUACCAAAGUUAGAACGGUUUCGGCAAACAUUACGAAUGAAAGUUUCCCGUGGUGACGAUGAAUUUAACUACUAACGUGAACAAAAGCUUACGGGAAAAGAGUCACUUAGGACCUACGGGGGAAAAGUCACGAAUAGAUGACUUCGGUGAAGUGAGAAUGCAAAUUCAUACCUCAUCACAAUUUACAUUCCUGUUUUUCCCCUCCAGGAUACUUAGUUAUGUCGAAUAAGGACUUGUGCAUAUUGAGGUCAUAUAAUGAUAGUUUUUAAUUUUUUGUUUUUAUUUGGAGAAUAUCAACCUUGGUUUUGCUCGACGUUUGUCUUAUUCCUGACAAGUCACGACACAGUUAUUUCGCUUUUACGCUUACGAAGAAUCUACGUUAGUCCACGACCUGCUCUUUCGUUGCCGAUCGAUUUUUGUCAACGCACAACCUGUAAAGAUUGAACCAAUUUGGGAGAAAUGUUGUAGGCCUAUUCAGCAUCUUGACGAAAACACUACACACUGCGAUUUAUUUUCAAGUUGGUGUUGCUAUCAACGGAUUAUACCACAAUCUACCGAUUACUGGAGGUGAUAUUCAUGACAAGCGAUAGGAAACAGGACCCGACGAUAACGUACGUAUAUGCUUCGCAUCUGAACUAUGGUUUACCUAUAUGCCCUAACUUAAGCGUGUUCAUUUAACGUUUGUGGAUAUGCCAAAGAUAGACCGGCCAUGAUUGACGCUAUGACAAGCCGCCAUGUGGAAAGCGCCACCAACGCUCGUAUACUAUCCAAACGAGGAGUUUGAUGCUCCUAAUCAGCUCCUCGUCAACAUUGCACAGGAUAUAGUGAUGCAUUGACUCGUAAUAGGGAUGGAAUUGUCGCGAGUACUGUACGGUUUCGAAAUCCAUCCUAAAGUUAUACCACUUCCGAUUCAGAUCAGAUGACUUGCACUCGCACCUACUGCCCUGUCCAAGGAGAUGGUGACCUCCAGUUUCUCUGAGCUCACUUUGGACGGAUUUCGUACCUGGUCAUCCGGUGCCAUCACUUUGGGGCGCGCAUGAAACAUUCAUACGAAAUUCAUGUAUACAUUUACAUGUGCAAGACAAUUUGACCUACCCACAUUGCAUUGCGACAUCUACAUUUCCUCCAGGGGAUCUUAUGAAGGGAUAAGCGGUCACCAGCGCCCUUUGGUAUUCAAAGGGGUAGGCAAGAGCGAACUUGGUGACGUUGUACGCUCAUUACUGAUUCCCCGAAUGCUUUGCAUGACAUUUCCAACAGACCUAAGUUGACCGGCCAGCGCUUCGCUAGGCGAAGCCUGCCCUUCCCCGUCAUAACGAACGACACUGUUUAUUGUAUUUCAUGCAAGAUUGCUAGCUUUUUUGUAGCUGUAAUCAAAAGAUUCAAAAAAAGUUUUGUAAUAAGUGGCCUUAACAUUUUUCAAGUUAUACCUGUAUAUAUCACUAUGUACUAUUCGAAUCAACAUGUAAAUGCCUUUUGUCAUUCGUAGCUUGCACUCACCAGUAAACUUCAAACGAUACGUCUGUAGAACUUUACUUUAGUUGCCAGUUAAAACAAUAAUUCUCUCUAAUACAGUACUAAAGAUUUGCUGGUAGUUAUUAUGAGCCAAAUUCGUCAAAUCAGUGGAGGAAAGGGCUGAUUUGUCUUCUGGGUUCAUCAAGUACAAGAGAUAUUGUUCUCUGGAGAAGUAGCAACAGCUUGGAUCGGUAGCGAUAUAAAAUCAUUAUGUCUUUCGGGUAGACGAUAAAAGGGGGUAGCAGGGGAAAAGUGUAGUCUCAUGGAUUACGAGUGACUCGGCUUGUCACAAGUCAAAUCACAAAUCAAUCACAAGACAAACACGAGUCAGUUAAAAGGUAACUGGAGCUCGGAGAGGUGAACAGCAAAAAAGAAUGUUUCGUUUGGUCACUGUUCAUUUCAAGAGCUUGUCGUUUGAUUGAAGAGUGGAUGACCUGUGAUCGAAUCGUGGUGACUCGUGAGAGAAUGACUACAAUGCUCUUCAACCUUCUUGUUGAUUUAAAAUUGUACACAUUUGUGUAAUUCAACGCAAGGGGACAGAAAUCGCUUCACAUUCUCCGCUUCUCGAUCCGCGCCAGUGGACUCCCAACAAAUUAAAGAAACAUGAUUCAGAUUUGUAUAUAACCUCAGAGAAAAAUAUUCUUAUUAUUGUUAUCAUUCCGUGAAUGUUACAGUAUACCCAUGAGUAUAUGAAGCGAAUAUAGUGAUUUGUAGUUUCCUUUUUUUUUUUCCUUUGUUAUAUUUUUGGUAUUUUGAAAUAAUUGUCAUUUUGUCUUUACAAUACGAUGAUAUUCAAAAUUGACUGUUGCAGUGACCACUUCUAACUGGUUUGAAGAUCAAAAGGUCACUGGACAAUCAGAUUUAAUUUCCCCACAAGGCUCGUUAAUUUCAAUGAAAUUUCAGUGAAAUGAGAGGAAUCGAUUUUUGUUUUCAAAGUUUAGCCAAAACUGGUAACAGUGGUGUAAAUAUGGUCCAAUUGGGGUGAUUGGUCCCCUAAUUUUCUGGAAGCACAGUAUGGGUUUGGUCAAAGUUUCAAUAAAUGAGAUAUUUGUCCUUCUACAAAUGUAUUGUUUGAUGCCCCUUGGUCCCACCUCUCGGUUACGCCGCUUUUAUUCUUCCGAAGCAACGAAAUAUAGGCAGCUUUAAUUACGAAAUAUACAUAAAUGAAUUCAUUCAAAUCUGAAUAUCAUCUCAAUAUUUCGAACAACGUGGACAGAGCCGCUUUGAACAUUUAUAUUCGUGGUUUUAUAAACUCAUGGGUAUAUUUUAUUAUACAUGUACAGUGUGUAGCCUAAAUUACAUUCAACGAUUAUUGUGUGUGAAAUGUAUUACGCGGAAGUGUACAGUACCUAUAGUGUUUCAGUUAAAAUUCAACCAAAUUGCUUUCAAUUAAACAAGAAGUGAAAAGAAAAGAAAAAAAAAAGGUAAUGUUCAGUGCGUUUACGUGGCAAAGCUUCUCAACAUAUAGUCAGCCAUCUUGCAUUUUUUUCGCGUUACAUCAUUAUUUUCAACUGUAAAAAAAAAGGCACAUAAAACAACUCAAAAUUGGAAUUCGUCAGUACCCGAAUAUUAAAAAAAGGUAUUUGUUCAAUAUAGUUUUUUUUAAUAUUGCACUUCAAAAUAUGGCUAGGUUUGCAUAAUGCAUUGUCUCGCUUCGGUUAUCGGAGCAAGUUUGACAGUUUCCCUGUAAUGGUAAAGUAGAUGGUGAAUUGCGAAUAUUUCAUCCUGCGUGAUGAAGUUAAAAUUGGCUUGGUAUGAUUUGGUAUGAUUAUGAGGUGUUUUCCCCAUUAGUAUCAAUGAUCUUUGUCUCUCUGUGUACCAGAGACACCUUUAUAUGCGGGCACUCGCAUUCUUGAAGUGUAAAAUAUGGACUUGUUGGCUUGACACAAUCAAAAUUGUUUUCGAAAUUAAUAUUAUGUUCGUGAGUAGUGUCUCCUUACACGAAAUCGACACCUGAUGUUUACAGAUGCACGCCAUCAACAACACAUCUAUGCCUGUCUACAAAAGAAAAACAAACCUUGCAAAUGAUAGACUCGGCCUUGUAAUUUGAUACAAACGCAGAAUUCAGAACGGAACUGUAUAGUAUUCCCCUCUUUGGUUUUUGUGCACAACACCUCCGCUAGGUUUCCCAUUCCAAAUUGCCAUGGCAACAAAGUGGAAGGUGAUAUUGGGUUGUUCACGCGCCUGUGCAUGCUACUUGAAAAAAAAAUUAACGGCAAGUAGUUGCGUAGGCAUGCAUGCUUUCCCUCAAAAUUAUGAAUAACCAUUUUGCUUUGAGAGACAAAAAGAAAAGAUCGAGACAAAGCCACAGAUGGGAUUGUCCGGCAUACAUCUGGCACUGAAUAUGACCCCAAAGGGUGCAGAGUUUAACAAGAAUGCAUGAAUAUGCUCGUAGCAAGCAGGCAUAACUGAGCAUUAGUGACAGUGUUAAUUCAUAUGCCUUAUGAGGUACCGGAAAUAGAAAGCAACGAUAGGGACAAUGGGAUCUCACAAGGCUAUAGUGAAACGCUUUAUGAGAUUUGAGAUUUCAACAGAGACAAAGAACAAAAAUAAGGAAGUAUCAAGGUAUACAAUGGUGGUACUCCAUCAUUACUACCCAUAAUGUGUGUUUUAGCCUUAAUUUGUGUUUUUGGCAAAAUGUACCUACGUAUAGUACCUAAGCAAACUCGUCCACUGCAAGAUAUUUCAGAGACAUUUCUGUCUCUUAAAUCGAAAUAUCAGCCGUUAUAUUAGUUGUUUUUUUUCUGCGAGGCGAACCGCAGAAGACUUUGAAGAAAGCCUAUUAUUAUAAUUACUAAAGUCCUGUUUCCGGGUUGCAAUAAGAAGCUCACAUGCACAUCGUCUGAAGUGAUUUUGGUUUAUAUACGCAUCAUCAAAAGGUACACAUAAUGAACUAACGGACAGACACACCGACGACAGUGACGAACAAACAGACGGACAAAUGAACCCAGGCGAACGCCCCAAAUAACAUUAAACUUGAGAGCGUACAUCGGACUGUUUGCCAAGGCAAGGAAGCUGUGUUUGCCCGCGCCGCGACAUCAUUUGGCCAGCUGGGUCUUAAAUGCUACUCGCCGCGCUUCUGCCAAACUUCUUUGCGGAAUUACUAUCACUUGAACAAAACAGAGUGUUGAUUCACCUGAACCUGCCGUCCUAUCAUUCCAGAGAGUUCUCAGACCCGCCCGUCUAAUAAAAAUUCCAGAGUUCAUAUUUAUGAGAGGAUUUCCGUCAAACGCAUCAUCUUGCUAUUAGCGGACGGUGUUUGAACAUUAGGUAAAUCCUAGUGUCGUUUAUACUCGAGUCGCGAAAUUGAAAGUGACUUUCGAGCUCGAUAAAGAUUUGAAAAAAAAAAGUAAUGUCAUGUUUGUCUUCUUCGAUAAUGCGGAAGCAUUGUGAGUGCAGGGACAUUAAAUUCCAUGCUACAAUGGUAUUGGAAUAGAAGCAAGCGCCUAAUAAACAGCUGUAUGAUCGAUCGGUUAUGAUCGAACAGUAUGAUUGUCGAUCUCACAUUAGUUAUCAUUUUACGUAUACCAGCUGUUUCAAACCGACAUUCCCCACACAAACGGCACUCUGUUUACCAGCUGGCUACACGAAAAAUUUCAUUAGAUUAUAAAUAAUCGCCUAUUACUUAGGUCUUAAAUGCCACUAUAGCCGGGGUUACAGAAAAGGCUAUUGAUCAGCUUUAUGGAAAUGUCAAACUAUCAAGCAAACUAUGAGUCGCCUGUCGCCCGCGUGUACGCGUGCUGUAAAUAACGACACCUAUGAGCUAUACGUAUUUGCAUAAUGCUUUCUCUGUUGAGAAAAUCGAAGCUAAUUCAUUAAGGACUGCAGUUAUUAUCCGGGCCGCCUUUCAUUGGAAAAGGUGAACUGAUCUCAAAUCGCUCGCCGAUUGAUUUUAAGGUUUCGAUUACGUUAUAAUGUGUUGCCAUCUGCAACAUACGUUAAUUGAGCUAUGUAUGACUCCCAAAGCAAUGAUCCAAAUGUAAUGAAAUGAACGCGAUACUAAAAUAGUGGUAACAAUGACAGUUUUGGGACAGUUCGAUGGACACUGACAUGGACGACAGCGACAAGCACAGCCACAAAGAUAAUCCAAAGUCAACAGAAAACAUAAAGCAUCCAACAAACAAAAAGGACGGUAUGGCCUAUACAAAAAAAACGAAAACAAAACGAAAACCACAUCGAAAUCACAUCAGCAGAGCCAAUUAGCAGUUCCGGCAGUUUGAUAUAGUUAUGCAUGAAAGACAGAAACAAACCAACAUCACGUUUGCCAUGAACAUAGCAUAUGCAACUGCAUAUCCGAACCAAUUGAGUGUCAAUUGGCGCUUAUUAAUUGUUUCCCGCCAAUUUUGAGUACAAUUUAUUUAAGCUUAAUAAAUGUUUUAAGAGUGCGUCAUAGUGCCUUAGUAUAUAGGUUGUAUAUGGAUAUCUUCACGUCAAAACGUUCAUUUCAAGCAGUGGCAAUACCAGACUGUUUGUUUCAUAUUGUACUGAAUUUUCAACGAUUCCAAUCCUCCGCAAUUGUGGCUUUUAAAAAUAAAACCCAGCAGUUACUUUUUUCCCCCGAUAUGUAUUAUUCAGGUUCUUAGUCGUUGUAAAACUAAGCUAUUUUGGCUUUCGGGUACGGCUUUGGUGUUUCACAACCACUCUGGAGCCUUGAGGGACUGGCCACAGAAUCCAUGAAGGAGCCACAUUACUAUAAAUAUCCCGGAGAAGUUGCGGACAGGAUUAUCCGCAAUAGGCUCAAUGCAUCGGAUGUAUGUUGAAGUUAUCGGAAUACUUAGAAUGCUGUAACUAAUACCCGAUACAAUAAGCUUGCUGCGGAUAAAUCUGGCACAACUAAUAAUGAGAUUUCUUUCAUACUGGAUUGGAAGUUGUUGCCGAUGUUUCGCCAAAUGGUCAUAAUCAAUGUUGUUGACAUUAAAAAAGAUAUCACAAGACUGGUUCCUACAACCAACAGGUAUGUAGACACCGAGUAAGUCCUUGCAUGCUUUGCACGUAUGCGUGUGUGAAUGCGAUAUUAAAGGGCAUAGCCGACAGAAAGUUCAUCCGGUUUGUGCAUUCAUCUUUAGCCUACUGUAAUAUGACCUAAUGUCAACAGUACGGCCAUGGAUAAAUAUAAAAUACUUAUUUUUUUGUAUUCGUCUGGAAAGUGGCGUUGCAGUGGCCCUGGUGUUUAUUUUCAUAUUUCGCAAUCAUCGUAGUUUUCUUAAGUAGACGAAGGUAUAUGAUUUCUAAAGUGAAAUUGUUUUUAGUCUUUGGUUAAUCUUUUUUAUGUAGAUUAUUACUUUAAAAAUCCACUUUACGUCAAUGGCAAAAAGUAGGCCCGCAGUAAAUUUCACACUGUUCAGCAGCAGUGGCGUAGCGUCCGGUGGGUGGAGGGAUAUUUUGACCCCACCCCUAAUUAACCAUGACACCCCACCACUACCUCCAGCCCGAUUAAAGGAGAAGAUAAAACACUAAAAAGCCAAGAAGUUAUAAGGUAAUUUUAGCUGCUACUAGAGUUUUAGUAUUAAAUUGUAACAAUGGAAAGAACCUAAAAUAGAUUUUUCAUGUUGUGUAUUUUGACCAGCGCCCCCACCUUUACGAAUGUCCACUACUGCCCCCCGGUCACUCGGGGGGGGGGGGGGGGAUUUGGCAAACCUUUUCCCACCCCACCUUGUCUGAUUUUCUCCGCCACGCUACUGCUCUGCACAAAGUCACUAUUUUUUUUAGAACAUGUGUAAAUAUAGGCCACACAAGCAAAUCAUUCACAGGCAUUUCGCAAACAAUCUUUUCAUGGCUUCGGCAGCUGGAUUGAGCUGCUUCGAAAUUAUUUUUGAAAAAAAAAUGACAUCUCACUUUUAGUGUUAUGUUAAAUUUGUACGAAGAAUAUGCGUCACGUAAACAACGCGCACUCGAACAUUUCUGAUAUAGCUGGCACUCAAUCGUUUUGUGUACAUUCCUCCAAAAAAUUGUAUUUCUUUAAUCAUAUCAUGCAAGAUAUGUUUGUCUAAAGAUUAUAAAUAUAUAUAUUAUAUAUUAUUAUCAUCAUAAAUUCUUGGAUUUUCCUCUGAGGGUUCUUAACUAAGAUUA